AUGUCUUAUUACCCAAACCAGUAUCCAGGCGGAGGCGCUCCUUACUCUCCUUAUGGACAACAAUAUCCCCAUGGUUAUCAACAGCCAUAUGGUCCACCAGCACAUGUUCAUGUCCCACCCCCGGUAAUCAUCCACGAAAAUCAUCAUCACGAAGGAAGCGCUGAGUCGCAUUCUUCCGAUAGGCAACAGGACCUGCAUCUCUACCUCCGUGACAAACCAGUGGUAAUCACCCACGAAUAUCCCGAUGAGUAUAGCUAUUUCGAUGUUGUCACCGCGGCUCUCCUCUCUAUCUUCUAUAUCGUUCUUACUUAUGCUUAUUUACACGACUUUAUAAGGUAUCUUAAUGACCAAAAAUAA